CCCCCGUGUAACCCUCUACGUUCGUGUGCGAGUGCGUGAGUGAAUCAACAACAAGGCAGAAAAAUCCUUCGAAAAUCCAAGUGUGUCUGUGUGUGUUGUGUCUAUACAGUUUGGCAUUGGUGGUGAAAGUUUUGGUUCUAUAUUCUGGCAAACCAACACACACACAGCAACAACAACGACAAAAAAACAACUGUAAAAUUCCAAAUCAAGUCCAAAACGCCACACACGCACUGAAAAUUUUGGGCCACGCAAAACUACCCCCCCCCCCCUUUCGGAGCGUUCCAUUUUUCGUUUGGUACGUCGCGCAGUUUUUUUGUUUCUCCGUUUUUCGGUUUUACCGUGUGGCAAACGGGGCUACACGGGCGCGGCGUGCAGUGUAAGUGCGGAGUAGGCAGUAAGUGCAACCCCUGCGUACGUACGCGUCAGUGAGUGAGUGAGUGUGUGCGUGCGUGCAAUUGUGCGUGAGUGUGCGUCGCGCGCGCGAGUUUUCCGCGGUGCGUUUUGUUGGCGCAAUCGGAAGUGCCGGUGGAAAGUUGGAAGCGCCAAACGCAAGCGAUCCUUUUUCGACAAGAAGGGAAAAAGGAAAGUAAGGCAGAAAAGUUGGGCAGAAAAAGGCACCCCAGCGAACACUCCGCAGAAACACGGCCACAGACAGUCGCGCGAGAUUACAACAAUCGACGAAAAAAGAUCUCAUCGACGAGUGGUGGUGCUGCCGCCCCAUUGCUGUAGCUGUGAAAGACCAUCGUCCACGGCCACAACGGGAUUAAAGCAACUCGACAACAACAACAUUGUGCAUUUAGAGCAGCAAGAGCCAGUUGCAAAGACGGCGCAAUAAAGUAGCGGUCCCCUUCCGCGAGCGCGGAAACCACACCGUUUUACAACCAACCAACACACUGUACACUGAACGGAAAGGAAACACGUCACCAACAUGGAUCAGCAACAGUACUGCCUCAAGUGGAGCAACUAUUCAUCCAACCUGGCGGCGGCCUUUUCGAACCUGUUCGAUUCCGCCACCCUCACAGACGUCACGUUGGUUUGUGGAGGAACCGUAUUCAACGCUCACAAGGUCAUACUAGCGGCAUGUUCGAAAAACUUUGCCGACCUGUUCGAGCGGGCCCCGGUUGGCACCGGCCAGAUAUGCGUGAUGCUGGAAGCGACCUCCGCCGAUAACAUGCACGCACUGCUCGAGUUUAUGUACAAAGGCGAGGUGCAUGUGUCACAGAAAGCGCUGGAAAGCUUUCUGAAGGCGGCUGAGAACUUGCAGGUCAAAGGACUCACCACCGAGCACGGUCGCUUUGCGAGCGCCAACGCUAGCCAACCGUCACAGUCGCCGUUCCACGGCCCACCGAACGAUCUGCCAUCACCUGCCAUCCGGCGCCAGCAGCGCAACAGCCUCUCGUCCUCGCUGGAAUCGAUCAACCGAGCGGUGAAGCGGGAAACCGACAGCAUAGUCGGCAGUGCCAGCAGCGGUGGCAACGGAUCGAGCCACGGCAGUGGUGGCGGUGCUGGCGCCGGCGGUGCCACGGGCAAUGCGGGCAGUGGGGCCGAUCGGGGCAGUGGUAACGAUCGUGGCAAUCGCGGCAAUGAUCGAGGCGGUGAGAGUGGAGGUGUGGGUGGAGGUGGUGGUGGCGGAGGAGGAGGCGGCGGUGGCGGAAACACACCGGCCUCUAGCUUCUCCCCGUACCUGCAACCGUCGUCCUAUCUGCCCGGAUCGUACGAGAACCGCAAACGAUCGCUGCGAAGCCCGUUCUACGAGCAUCAGGAGGCGACGCGGGACAGCGUGUUGCGGGACGGGAAGGCAAGCGCAGGAAAUGGCAGCCCGGUCAGUGGCAGCAAAAACUAUCGACCGUCCAGCAGUGGCUCAUCGGCGACGCCGACGGAGGCGGACACCAUACACACGGAUCGGGAUUCACCGCAACAGUCCAAUCGGUACGAAAAUCAUAGUCCCAGCACAACCCAUGGCCACGGAAACGGACCGGUAUCGUCUAACACGAUGGACCGCGAGGAACGCAACGAUCACAACGGCUCGGUGGAUCACAAAGUGAAACACGAAAGUCGGGAAGGCAACGAGGCUGGCGCGGAAGAUCUGCGCGUCAAGAUGGAAAUGCGACCGAUACAGUCCCCGCUCCGAUCGUCGGCCCCGUCCACACCGACGACACCGAUCGGCUUCAUCAACGUGAAGGGCGGGCUGGAGGCGGCGAUACCGUCCGUCGACAUGUUGGGCAUGAUCAGCACACCGCGAGAAAGCGUCACGACGGCAGAUGGUAAGUUUGGGCGGUGCGGGGGUUUUGUUGUUGUUGUGCUUUAUUUCGGCGUUUGCGCUUUCGCGCCCGAAAGAGCGGACACGGAUUUCACUGAUUCGAAGGUUUACUGUGCGUUCCAGGCAAAAAGCUACAGUGCCCGCUGUGCGACCGGCAGUACGGCUACGAGACGAACCUGCGGGCGCACAUACGCCAGCGGCAUCAGGGAAUACGCGUGCCAUGCCCGUACUGCAGUCGAACGUUCACCCGCAACAACACGGUCAGAAGGCACAUCGCCCGGGAGCACAAGCAGCAGACGCAGUUCAUGCCGAGCCAGCUGCACAGCUAAGUGCGCUAAGCCCCGCCGCUGUAGGACGUCGAAUUUUUGCUGCUGCCCGGUCCUGUCUCUUUCCUCCUCUCUCCCACCUGAUCCCCGAGGAACGUUUUGUUUUCCAAAUCCCCUUUCACCACCCCACCCCACCCCGUCCUCCGUGGCCCAGUUGUGCGGAUCAUCCGUCACUCGAUCGGCCGUGCUGAAUUGGACCGUUUGUUGUUCCUAUAACAUUAGUAAAAAACGAAUUGUUGCAUUGUCGCAUUUGUAGCCAUACCUCAGAGUCCCGUUCGCCUUUGAACGCCAUCCAAAGAUAUCGAUACCGUGCGGAGGCCGCGGAAGAGCCGGGCUCGCCCGCCCGCUUUCCCUGCUGUACAUCGGCAGCCAUGAUGGAGCAGCACACCAGCGAGACACACCUGUUGUGCCUGUGUUGCCGAAUAGCAGGGAGUUUCUUUUUGAUUUCCAUCGUCAGCAUUAGCGUCAUCAAUGUACGAGCCGUAGCCGUUUGGUGAGCAGUAGCCGCAUCAGUUGGUGGGGUAGCUGCUUCCAAUGAAAGAUGGUACAAUAUGCUGUAACAGCGAUCGCAUGAUCACAUCAGAUAUGGGACUCGAUGUUAGAAGAGAGAAUGUAUCAACAAUAUCAGCUGAAUUAAACAUUUGCGAGAUGAGGUCGAUUGUUUCUCGGGCAAUGUGCGAUGGGUGCAACUCAUCGGAAUAGUUAAGCGGGGGAAGAGGCAUCCGUACGUAUCCUGUUUACGUACGCGAUAAACGAUUUGCAAGAAAUGAAGAUGAAGGUGAAAGCUAAGCUAUAAUAACUUGAAAUGGAUUGGUAGAACACUGAUUGGAGUGAACGGACGCCAGAUAUAUAGUUUUGAAUUCACAUCUAGCAAACCCGGAACUCAUCGGACCUACUAACUGCUGGAACCUUCCGACACUGGAAAUAUGAACUAAAUAGCAAAGACAAUUUAUUUAAAUAGCAACGUUGAAAUUCAAUUUGUUUACUGCUAAAGAGUAACCAGAGUACUCUCUCGCCUUAUGAAUUCGAACCAAUAAUUAUUUUUCAUUUUUGUACCUAUAUUUCUUCGCUCCUCCAUUAACAUCGGGUAUAUGCUUUGACCAAACCCCGAUUUCAUAAAAACAAACAAAAUCAACUAGCAUCCUCUUUAACUGCAACAUUGAUUUUCUUUACCACUCUGCAACAAGCCAGCAAUGGCGGACACAACAAUAGCUUUAAUUUGCCAGUAUUUGGCAACUCGUCGACAGACUACGGAUGUUCCACGGGUGAGGUGAACACACCUCAUCCUCCUCCUCACACGCACGUUUGCUCAUGCAGAGCAGCGACAUGCUUUAAUUUUUGCAACAUCUAUAACUCAGCAAAUACAAUCACCACAAGUGUCAUUAAUCAUCAAUUAACUUGAAUGUGGAGGAUCGUUUCUCUCUCUACGAGACCCGAUUAAGUGGAUACCCCAACCAGAGGGUACUAACAUGAAUCUUGCUUAUGUUGCCCAUACACACACAUACACAUACAAACACACAAACACAGAGCCACAGACAGUAACGAUGAACCUUUACCGACAUACAUAUAGAUAGAAAGAGAGGAAGGAAGAAGGUAGAGUAAUAGAAAAGAAUAGAUGAUAGAAGCUUACUAUUUUGUUUAUGUUUUACUUGUUUUGUUUCCUAAUUAAAACUCACUAUAUAGAACACACCAACGGCAACACACACACACGGCAAUUGUAUUUGCUGUUGUUGUUUUUGUUGGUUGUUGUUUUAUAUACUCUAGUAUCAGAUUUGCAUUUCCUUUGAAAUGGCGAACGACUCGCUUCAUACGAUUACCGAUUGUUUGAUUUCGAUUGUUUCGUCAUUUCGCUUUUUGGAUAGUGGUUUAGUUCUUGAACCCUCCCUCCGCUCUCCCAACGGCAUAGGGGGUUGUUUGAUAAGGGGUGUGUGGGUUGAACGGGGGAAUGUACGAAGAUCGAAAAAUUGGAAGUACACAUUACACCGUAACAUUGUACAUGGAUAUCUUAAAUCUUGUAAUAGUAUCAUAUAUAAUUUAACAAGGAACAACAAAACAACGCAAAGUGGGAGGGGGUGUGGGAGAGGUAAAGCAUACUUUUUUAAUGAAUAAUACACAUGUACCUGCUGAUAAAGAAAUAGGGAAUCAGAUAUAGGAGAGUUGAAAUCGAUAGCUUAAUGAGAAAUAUUUAACUAUGCAUAUAUAUGAAAGUAUAUUUAAACCUAAUCUACAAAACCCACAUUACAACACACAUGUACUUGAAGAAGAAGAAGAAGAAGAAGAAGAAGAAGGGCAGAAGUGGUCAGGCGGCCAAUGCCGGAAGGCUGUAAUGCCCGGCUGGCUGGCAGCUGGUAGCAGUGGCAAAGGUGUGUGGCUGAACAGUGUGAGACGCAAAAGACAUUUAAUCCUUUUUCAGGUGGACGCCUUUCGCCUGACAAUGACGACGAGACGAGACGAUGACGCGCGAUCGCGCAUUACUCGAGCAGCCAUUACCAAUCUGGCACGAGUCUCAAUCAAAUAUCGUGCGCUAGCGAUUAACAAUUAAUUCAUGCAAGGAAAAGAUUCUUCCGCCUAGAGGGGGUAGCUGACCCACUUUGGUUAGUGGUGGUGGCCACGGCCCAAGGCAGGGGGAUCUUUUGUCCAACAACAACCAAUUCUUCAAUAGAAGAGCAAACCUAAUGGAACAACAUGCAAUGGAAACUUGGUGCCUAUUAAAUAGACGAUUCUAGUUUAAACAGUACUCUUACUAAUACUAAUAUUUCCGCAACUACUGCUACUACUUCCUCUACGAAUGGUUAUAGUACUUCCUCCGAUCGUACAAUACAGGUGCGUUUUUGUUUUGUUCGUUUUCUGCGACAUCUUAAAUGGCAUGUAUCUAUCAUUUCAUAUCAUUGCCAUCAUCUCCGCCAAACCCAGCAACUCACUACAAUAGAUAAACGGAACCGUUGAAAUGAUCUCAUUUUUAUAGCAAUUACUGAUUUAGUUACCACUAUUUAUCCCGUCCCCCAAACUCUAGAUGUCCUUCUCCAGCAAUAUCAAAGAAAAUACCGUUCCCAUACUUAAGUCUUCACGCGUCUCGUUUCACCACCGACCAUUUGGUCCAUUUUCACUGCAGUAAGAGUGAUCAUAUUCUACCAAUCCUUUUCAAGUUAUUAGCCGAAGUUGUGCAGCACACGUACUAUCGGGCUUCGGUUCUCCGGUUUUACGGGGCACGGAAGCAUUCGUCUCGUGCUGGGCAAAUUGGACGCGAGAAACGGGAAGAAGAUCUUGCACGGAAGAGAAACAAUGAAACAAUCCAAUCUCAAUCGUUAAAACAUAACAAACACAUGCACACACACGCACACAAAGAGCAACAACAUUCGAUGUGAGCGUCGCGUGUGUGUUUUGUGACAAGACAAGGUGUGUUGAGCACACGGUGCCAGCUGAAGUAGUUAAAAUGUGAACGUUGCCGUGAGCACGUGAAUAAGAGCCUUUGCAUAAUGUGCGUAACAAAGUAGAGGCAAGCGAACGCAUGAGCUAGACAAUUGGAUGAAAAGAAAGGUAAUUGCAGAGUUUAAUUGGUGCAAAUAUGUUUAACGUGUAAUAGCAAUACCAAGCCGGAAGAACGAACAAAACACGAAAUAUGUGCGCCGAGAGCAUUCGUUUUCAGCAUGGGUGGAGUUCCGCAUGAUUUUCUGUAUAAUUUGUAUUGUUUUUUUUUAAAGAGCUACCAUUUUUACUGUUAUAAACAAACAACCGAAGUUACCGAAGCAACAUGAAAAUACCGGAAGGUACAUUAGAGAGGCAAAACAGUAAUUGAAAAGAUGCUAUCAAUGUUUGCUAUAUUAUACCGUAGUAUAACACACAGAGAAUUUUAUUUUGUGUUUUUUUUUUUUCUUUUAGUUUUGUUUUUUCACAUACAAUAGCUUUAGUAAGGAGUUUUGAUUGAUGAGUUUUCUCAUGCUUUCGUUUUGGACCACGGUAUGGCCGUGAUGCGGAUGCAAGUGUUUAUGUUUCCAUUCGAGCGAAUUAGUUUUACGUACCGAACUCCUGGGACACACCCACUGAACAUGAAGAGAAUAUGCGCGAAACAAGUAAAUAUGCUUCCCUCGGAACCCUUCCCUUAAGUAUGACGUCAAACGCUUAACAAUGAAAUAGAAUCCGUUAGUUCAAUUUUUAAAGAAGAAUCAAUAUAGUUAAACACAGUCUCACAGUGAGGAAACGGUGAUCGGUCAUCACCGGUAUUGAUAAUAGUUGUAUUAAGCACACACGAGUACCCGGGCACGGGUAAGCGACCGCAAUAAGACAAAUCUGAACGCAGCAGCAGCACCAGCAACCCCGCCGCUAACGCCGGGUUGUGGUGCGUGUGCCUGCCACCAAGCAGAAUUGUGUUUCUUGUUAAAAACAAAUAGCCUGUUUCUGUUUCUAGUGCUACAAACUGUACUGUUUAAUUUUUUGAAUGCACAUUUGUCCCUUAUCCCUUAUAAAACUGUUUACUCAACCUGUUAUAAACAAAACGUAACACGAGGAGGAGCUAUAGGUAUAAUCAAAGAUAUCAAACGUUUGAUAUUUGCAAGCAAUUUACAUGCAGACGAAAGACAACUGCCAAUGAAAACGGGUCUAUUUUUUCCGCUGAGUCGCAUUUCACCGUGCGCAGCACCACCGUACGUAUAUUAAAAGAACUUUUUGUUUUUAUACACUUGUCUUAACGACAACACACACCGCUAGGUAUUAUUCGUUUUUAUUGUAUGGUGUAAAAGUUUUACUUCUUUUGAGUUUUUCAUCCAUUUACAUACACACUUACACACACACACAAUCUGUACAACUGGUUUCUUCCAAAGCGAAAUGCGUAGCAACAAAACAAAAAACAAAACUAAGAUUAGUCGUGAUGAUAUGACAGAGAGAAAGAAGUAAAACACAUAAAAAACACACAAAAACAUGGAAACGAAACUCGAAACAUUAAAGAAGAAAAAAGAAACAUUAACCCCCUAUACACCAGCGACAUAACAAUGGUAAGCCGAACAUAAAUGAAAGCAAAAUAGAUAAAAAAGAAAGAGAACAAGAGAGAGAGAGAACAAGAGGAUGAAAAACACAUAAAAUAAUAAUAAUAAUAACGUAGAAAUAUGAACACGAAUGAAAACAAAAAGAAUGAACACUGAAAUCAACUACCUCCACACGUACUGUAGAAAUAGUGAAAUAGAGUGCGUUUAGCAGUAAACGCCAUUUUAUGUUAAUUUUUAAAUAGCUCUUGAUUUUAAGCAAUAAGGCAACGUAAUAGUCAAAAUCAAUAAUUAUUACGUACUUCUUCAAAGACAUUUACAAAUCAGGUAUAAAAUACAAUGCAAGAGUAAACGACAGCAACAGUAGAGCGACAGGCGGCGACGCGUCUGGAAGGUGAUGCAAAAACAGCAGUAAACAGCAGUUAAAGAUGCACAUGCAAGGCGAAACUAUAUAACAAGAUAUCUUUUCAGUGUGUAGUAGUAACACACACACAACAUCCCCUGCUAUCAGCCCAUCUAAAGAGUAACACCCAACACACUAUCCACAGCAGUUUGGAAUAUGUUUUCAGAAAAAGAAAGAGAACCAAAACAUUAACAGUUGAAAAGCUCGGAAGAACAAAAGCAAUUUUAUUAUUUGGAUUUCGUUUUGCAAAGCACAUUAUUUGCUGAGGGAAAAAAACACGAUCGUUUGGACAAACAAAACUACAUGUCACGGCUGCUAGAAAACCCAGUAGAAGAGAGAAAACUAAAAUGUCAAAAUUUCGUUUUGGCACGAUGGAAUCGAUAAACAUGUUUUGGCUGGCACUAAAAGCUCGUAUCUAUGGAAUAUCUACAUAAGUAAGUCACCAUCAGUUGACGAAAGACAGAGAGACGAAAUGAUAAAGAGAGAAAGGAAAAAAAGGCAAACGGUUUGGCAAAAGGAUAAAAUUAAAAAUCAUAACAAAAGCAUAACACACACUGCACGGCGAUAUCCCCUUUUUUAACUUGAUGCACACAAUCGAGGAAGCAGAUGAGAGAACAAGAUUUGGGCGGCAAAAUUAACGACACGGAAGCGUGUGACAGGAAGGAACAAAUGGAACAUGAGCCAUGGAACGAGUGGAAAAAUUGAAUGAAUGCAAAAUUGCUAAUGAAGCGUUUUGGAAAUGAUGCGAACAUGAUAAAAAGCAAGCAAAAAAAGAA